CUCCCCUAUACCCCACCCGACAACGCCGAACGACCCGCGCGCUCAUACAUCCUCGAGGAGAUAAAAGACGGGAUGCUAGUAGAAACCCACGCAAUUCCGCGCACCAAGACAUUCUUUGUCUUUGGGCGCCUGCCCAUGUGCGAUUUCCCCAUGGACCACCAGUCGAUAUCACGGUACCACUGCGUCCUGCAGUUUGCUGCAUCCAACCACACAACUCUUGUGGAUUUAGGCAGCAGCCAUGGCACGUUUGUCAACAAGCAGCAGAUCCGGCCGAGCACACCGCGCACGCUGGAUAUUGGCGACCAGAUCAGGUUCGGAAUGAGCACAAGGACAUGGUGUUUGGGAACCACCGAU